AUCUCUCUGAUAUUUACAUCUGUCAGCUGUGGCGAGGUCAGCUGGUGCGUCGUGAGUUUAGGAACAAAAGCUGACAUCCCUUCUAAGUUAAAGAAGAAAUGGGACCACAGGAUGGAGGGGAUCAAGAAGUGUUUGACAUUGUUGAUUUCACAACUGCAUCAGACUGGGAAUGUUUUAUUGCUGCAACAGAGGAAGCCAUUCAUGAGUGGAGGUUGUCAGGGGAGGGCAACCCUUCACCACUCACCAGGGGUCAGCUAGCAACUGCAAAAUGGAGUGAGAGAAAAGUUACUAUCAAGUUUGCUGACUUUCCAUUUGAGAUGACCCAUCAUAGCAUUGUCAGUGAAACUGUUGAGUCACCACCUGAUGAACCUGAGCCAAGUACUGAUUUUGAUGAUGAAGAGGCAGAAAAACUACCCAAAGCCCUUGAAGAUAUGAUGAACAGAGAAAAUGAUUUCCCUGCCCGAGCACACUGUCUGGUACGCUGGUAUGGUCUCAGAGAGUUUGUCACAAUCUGUCCAUCAAACCCAAAUCACCCUAUUAUGUCUCCAUCAAAGGCAAAACUUCUCCUAUCUUCAGCAACAAUUGCAGCUAAUAAUACAAACUGCCAAGUGCCGAUAUUUGUGCAAGUUUUGUGGCCAAAUGAGAAAAUGUACCUUGGUGUUGGCCUUGGGUCUGGUGUGCGGACAGACUAUGACAUGGUCCACUUCAGGCAGGCUCCACCUCAGUGUACACAUCUUACUGGACUCUUGGAUGUGUUCAAAAACAAGCUGCAGUGCUGUGUAACAUCACCUCCUGUCUUGGUGUCUGUGAGGUUUACUUAUGUUCUCACUGAGUGGCCACACACCCUGUGGACACAACAGCCUCCAGAUUUUGAUGCUACACUUACUGAGGUUGGCUUCUCUGAUCUGGGAAAGCUGCCCUUUGGUGCUUUAAGUGAUCCUGUUAGUGAAUUGCAUCUGUCAGCAACAUGGCCUUGUGUGACCGAAGAUGUGCUGGUGGACAGUGACGUUUACAGUGACCUUGAUCCUGGCUCUGCUCCUUUGUGGACAGCUCGACUUGUCACAUCCACAUCCCAACCCUGUCUUCUGUCUGAGUACCUGACUGAUUUUAUUCAUGUCUGCAGAAAUAACCAGUCAAUAAGUCAGAUAUUGGGACCAGACUACACUCAAGAUGUGGAUGGAGAAAUUGCAGAAUUCUCCUCAGCACUGGACCGUUUAACAGAACCAUCUGUACCCAGCCUGUCCUCUGUGGUAGGGCGAGUGCGGAAGGGACACAAAGGUGCCCGGAAGUUUGUUAGUGCCCAAUCAGGGGAAAAUAGCCCAAUACCAACUGACAUCCUCAUUCCAAUACUAAACUACCUAUUUCCUGAUGCUGAGGGAGAUGACCCUAGUGAUCCCUAUCCAAGUACUCUGACCCAAGUGCCUGAGUGGUUGGCCCCUAAUGGAGAAGCUGCUGACCAUCCUUUGAAGGCCCUUUUAAGUAACAUGAAGAGCAGUGGCGUUGAUGGCCUAGUGUGGCGCUUGGCUGUUGUGCUGUGCCAUGUUGCUCACUCUCUUGGAGGACUGCCUGCUGCAGCCCACCUCUGGCAUGAGGUUAUAUUAGAGCUGAGGUUCCGGUGGGAUCAUGCAGUGCUCAUUCCUGGCGUGAGCAGUGGAGUGCCAGACCUUGCCUCCACCAUACUGCACCAAAAGUUCCAGAUGCUGAACUGCUGUAUCAAUCGUAGAAAGGCCAGGGAGCAAUCAUCUUCAUCAAAAUCAAGUAAUGAGGAUGGUGAUGAUGAAGAUGAAUUUUAUGAAUGUGAUGAGGAUAUGGAAGAGGACGAAAAGUCAAAUGGCAGCCGUUCAUCUUGGGAUAAGCCAGAAGGCCGCAUCAAGCGCUGUGCCAAGCUUCGUCUUUUGAAGACCAAUGAGCCACUCUACAUCCCUUUCACUCAGGAACCAGCUCCCAUGACAGAGGACCGUCUUGAGGAACAUGCUGGAGUGCUCUUGCGUUUGGGAACUGAUGCUCUAGGAUCCCAGUUGCGUGCCCGCAUGAUGUCUGCAUCAUUGCUUUCAGACAUGGAGUCUUUCAAAGCUGCCAAUCCUAGCGCAGUGCUAGAAGAUUUUGUGCGAUGGUAUUCCCCUAGAGACUGGAUUGAAGAAGAAGGGAGUGAUCCAAAUCAGCCUCCACAAGGUAGCCUGAGCACAAGGAUGCAAAUUCCUGGAAAUAUGUGGAGAGAAGUGUGGACUAAUGCCAAGCCAGUGCCAGCUAGACGUCAGAAACGGCUUUUUGAUGACACUCGAGAGGCUGAACAAGUGUUACAUUGGCUAGCAUCACUGGGUCCUGGUUCCUUGUGUUGCAACCUCCUACCCACCGCCACCCAUGCCUCACUCUGUCGCCUUGCUGAGGAGAGACUGCUCUUUGACCUUCCUGCUCCCAGUAGUCUGCCACAACCAUGCCACAGCAGUUCAUUAGCUACAGUGUUGGAUGUGAUCACUCAGAGGGCUGUAAGGCUCUCUCGCCAACCUCCUGAUACCAACAAAUAUCAAGAGCUUGCAGAACAAAUAGCAGAAGUAGAAGUUUGUGUGGCACGGGCCCAGAGUGUACGCCACAAGAUAUUAGGAGAUGCUGCAAGGGCUGAAGGAUCCUCUCAACAUUUAGAGGAACUUGUGCUCAGACUCCUAGACUCCCCAGAGGUUAGCCUUGAGGGUGGACCUCGAGGACCUGCUGCUUUGGCAGUCCGCAAACUGUUUCAGCAAGCUCGGAAGGCAUCACUGUUACUGGAUGAUUCCCCCCAAGAUGAUUUCUCACUCCCUGAGCACCGCCAAUCCUAUGGCAACUCUGGUCAUAGUGGGGCAGUGAGUGAACUUGGAAAGCCCAUGGGCAGAGAAUAUCUCCUGAGGACCCUGGUGCCCUUCCCGACAGCCUAUUCUCGUCCUGUACCACACCGCAUGUUUGCAGUGCUGCUUCCAAAUGAAUUCCGUCUCACUGGAGCAUUUUCUCAAGAUACCACUUUUAGUUGAGAACAUUAAUUUGUAAGAGGUGUGUAUUGCAAUAUAUUAGAUUUUGUUUAGCAUACAAAGAGUCUAUCAGAAUAAUCAUAAAGACUUUUAAAACACUUUUCACAUAAUUUUCACAUAUUAAGAGUGAAAUACAUCUUACAGUAGAUAAUUUUUUAUCAUUCUCUUGUUCCAGCUUCUUUUUGAUAAUCCUCCCAGAAGGAUUACCAUAACAGUAAAGUCAACAUGCAUCCCAUGGAGAUUUUUUUUUAUUCAUGACUGAUUUUUUUUCCACAGCUUUCCCCACUUUUGCCCUCUUGAUCUAUUCUCUUUACAUGUAUAAUGUAACUUUCCAGAUGUAAUGUAACUCUCUCUCAUUGAAUACAGGUGCAAGCUUAUGUGCUUUAUCUUGUGGAUAGCUCUGUUAAUAAUAUUGCUCCUCUUUAUAUGACAUAUCCUUUUUACCAGUUAUUUCCAAUGCUUGAUUUUUUUUUUUUUUUUUGUCUCCAUAUGUAGGUCUUGGUGUGCUUCAUGAGGUGGCAUCACAUGUGCUUAAAACACUCAGCACUCCUCUUUUCUUAGGAUAUUGCAGAGGGAUUCAGUAAAUCUAUGCUGUACUCAUUACUUUUUUACUGUAUACGAGUAUAUCUGCAUGGUACUGUCUUGUGAUAUAUAUAUAUAUAUAUAUAUAUAUAUAUAUAUAUAUAUAUAUAUAUAUAUAUAUAUAUAUAUAUAUAUAUAUAUAUAUAUAUAUAUAUAUAUUUAUGUUAUAUUAAACAAAAUAAUGAUAUGAUGUAUUGAUUUUUUCAUCUAGUACCACUUGUACUGAAGUAAGAUUUUUUCAACAUUAAAUUAUUGGUAUGCAAAAGUCCUCAUACAUUUGUCCUUAUGUCAUAAGGCUUAGAUGGUAUGGCUGGAAUUUCUUAUAUAAAUGCAUUCUCUUCUCUCUUUUUAAUAGUACCAUAUGCAGUGAAUCUCUAGCUUUCAAGUGUGUUAUGAUUCAAGAAACCCAUCAUUCUGUACCAAACAGAUUCAAACAAGCAACCAGAAGCUUUAGCAACUGUUAAUAUUAAUCAUGUGAGAGAAAAGGUGGUAGGUGCUCAAGAUUUGUUUUCCCUUUUUCAUAGAUUGUGUAAUUAUAAGUACAUAAUACCCUCUUGUAUGCAUGUGUGUGUUUGUGUGUGUGUAUGUUGAGACAGAACAUGAUGUUUCAUCUCAGCUACAGGUGAAUAAUAGCUUGUUAUAAAGAUUGAUAGGUGUGUGUGUGUGUGUGUGUAUGCUUUCUUUUAAAUAAUUUAUAGCUCUACCAGUAUAUUUUAACCUUGAUCACAUCAUGAACAUUAUCAACUUUCAUACUUUGUCUUUAUGAUGAGUUAACACUUUUUUGUCCUUCCCCCAGUGACCAUAUUUAUUAUUAUUAUUAUUAUUAUUAUUAUUAUUAUUAUUACUAGUAGUAGUAGUAGUAGUAGUAGUAGUAGUAGUAUUGUUAUUAUUAUUAUUUUUUCUUUCUUUAUUUUUUUAUUUCGGGGGGUGAUAGGUUGUCUAUUGAUAUCACUCCCUAGACCUAUGACUCUCUUGCUUAAUUUUUCCAGUUGUCUUAUUCUUAUUUUUUUUUAUCCCAGAGCAGAGAUUAGUAUUCAUGUUUGUAGAGAUUAGGCUUUGCAUGAAAAUUAUUUUUCAUAUCGAAUUUAUUCAAAUAUAUGGUGAAUAAACUCAUAUUUUUCAAUAA